GGACUAUGCCUGCAGGUUAUAUGACAGAUGUUCAGUGUGAUUUGGCCGAUUUUCAAAAACUAUCUCGGCAAAACAAUGGUUAUAAUUAUGCUCUUGUUGCAAUAGAUGUCUUGAGUAAACGUGUUUUUGCAGAACCUGUACGAACAAAGAAAGGAAAGGACAUGAUCCAGGCAUUUGAAAUGACAAGGGUACAGAGUUUACAAGCAAGGAAAUGGCUGAAUUCUUCAAAGCGAAAGACAUUGAAAAGUUUACACCGAAUUCAUCAACAGUCAAAGCUUCUCUUGCCGAACGAUGCAUCCGUAAUAUAAAACAACGGCUUUAUAGAUACAUGAGUGAGAAACAUACAUUAAAAUGGGCUGAAGCGAUACAUAAGAUAGUGGAUGCAAUAAAUCACUCAAAAUGU